UGUUUUCAUGUUAUUUGUCAGAAUUAAUCCGACCAGCGACUUAAUUUAUGAGCCGAAUAAAAUAAAAGCUUAUGGAAGAUGUUGUGGUUUAAAGGUGAAGCAGGAAAACUUUCAGCAACAGGUGAAACUGAUGAAAAUGUUUUAUUUUGGUUGGAUUUUAAACGGAGUCUGGUUUCACAGAGGAACUUUGAGCCUGCGCACAGAGCGGACCUGCGGUAUGGAUGAUCACCUGGAUCCGGAGGUUCUGAUGCGCUGGGCUCGGGCCGGCGGCCGGUUCCGACGGUCCAUUCGGGUCUGUGCGCGCGGCGGAACCCAGCUUGUCUCCUGCUGCUUUCUGAUUGGCUCACGCUUCAGUUCCUCCUGAGGAAAUCACUCCUUUUAUAGUUAACGGCGCUGCGUGCCGCCGGUUUCCGGGUUGACUCUCACCAGCAUGUAGAGGAGGCGGGCCGCCGGGAGACACCUGGAGCACCGCGGGCACAUCGGGCCAUCGAUCCGCUCCGCACUCAUCGAUCAGCGAUCAGUGAAGCAUGGGGAACCUGAUCAAGGUGCUGACCCGAGACAUCGACAACAAUGCUGGAAACUUCUUCCUGGACUUUGAAAACGCGCAGCCCUCGCAGUCAGAGACAGAGGUGUGGGAGAAGGUGAACCAGGUGCUGACGGAGGCCCAGGUCAUCCUGGAGGACCUGCAGACGUACAAAGGAGCCGGAGAGGAAAUACGACAGGCCAUCCAGAACCCAAACGUCGAGGGCGUUCAGGAGAAGGCCUGGGCCGCCGUGGUUCCUCUGGUCGCCAAACUCAAAACGUUCUACGAGUUUUCACAGAAACUGGAAUCCGGCCUCCAUCGCCUCCUGGACGUCCUGACCAGCGCCGACUCCACUCCGACGCAACAUCUGGAGCAGAAACAGGCGCUGGCCCGGCAGUUCGCCCACAUCCUGCACUUCACGCUGCGGUUCGAUGAGCUGAAGAUGACCAACCCGGCCAUCCAGAACGACUUCAGCUACUACCGGCGAACCAUCAGCCGCAUGCGGAUCAACAACAUGUCGUCGGACUCGGGGAGCGAGGUCAACAACGAGCUGGCCAAUCGGAUGUCUCUGUUCUACGCCAGCGCCACGCCCAUGCUGAAGACGCUGAGCGACGCCACGUCAAAGUUCGUCUCGGAUAACCCGGAGGUUCCGAUCGAGAACACGACCGUCUGUCUCAGCACCAUGGCCUGCGUGUGCAAAGUGAUGCUGGAGACGCCGUGAGUCCGGGACGCA